AUGGCGUCAGCCAUCGUUGACUCUCUUCUUCAUCCAUCGGAACUACUAGCGAUUGUGCAGUUCUUAAUCUCAGGUGGUGCCAGUAGACGAAAGAUAAUCAAAUGUGAUCGUUCUACUCAGACGCGAUGCUACGAGUUUCUUAAUAUGACAUCACGGUCGUUUGCCGCCGUCAUUCAAAAUCUGGAUGUUGAACUGAGAGAUGUGAUUUGCUUGUUUUAUCUCAUUCUCCGAGGAGUUGAUACAAUUGAGGAUGACAUGACCAUACCUAUAGAAAAAAAAGAUCCAUUACUUAGAGAUUUUUAUAAGAUUCUCCGUGUAGAAGGUUGGCGUUUUGAAGAAAACGGUGAUCAAGAGAGAGAUCGUCAAUUAAUGCUAGAGUUUUAUGUUGUUAUUGACGAGUUUCUGAGGUUAAAAGAAAAAUAUCAAAAUAUUCUUACGAACAUGUGCAAGAGAGUGGCAAACGGAAUGGCCGAUUGUGCAACUCAUGCAGCCCAUAAUGCAGACGGAUUAAUAACCUUAGAAGACUUUGAUAAAUACUGUCAUUAUGUUGCCGGAUUACCUGGCAUCGGGCUCACCCAACUAUUUAUUGCAAGCGGCCUUGAAACUGAACUCACGGAGAAAGACGAAGCACUUGCAAAUUCAAUGGGUCUCUUUCUUCAGAAAGUAAACAUAACCCGUGAUUACCUUGAAGACGUUAGCCAUGGUAGAUGGUAUUGGCCUAAAGCAAUUUGGUCACAAUAUACAUCGGACCUCUCCGCACUCCCGAAUCCGGGGAAUGAAAUGGCAGCACUUAAUUGCCUUUCGGCUAUUUUGUUAAACGCACUCCAACAUGUGACUCAGAAUCUGACGUACAUGAGCCGUCUACAUAACCAGAGCGUAUUUGAAUUCUGCGCUAUUCCACAGGUCAUGGCUAUUGCAACACUUACCCUGAUGUUUAGGAAUAUUGAUGUGUAUAGAAAAGUGGUGAAAAUACGCAAGGGUCAGGCGUUGUCUGUGAGUAUUUUAAAGUUACGUGAUAAUGCAUAUCGCUUAGAUUGA